AUGAUCCAGUUAAGUCCUAAUAAGAGAGAUACAAUCAAAUGGAAGGAUGGGAAUACGAUGUUGGAGGUAUCUGCUUCGAAUAUGUGGCAAACGGUUCGACAUAAUGAAGCGGAAGUGGAUUGGAGCAAGUUAGUUUGGUGUGCUAAAUGUAUUCCUAGGCAUGCGUUUCUCAUGUGGCUGAUUAUGAGGAAGAAAUUGCUAACCCAAGACAUUAUUCUACAGUGGGAUUUAUCUCGCAGGAAGAAUAUGAAUAUGAUGUGUUGCUUGCUUUGUUAUGAAAAUCAUGAUUCUCACAAUCACUUAUUUUUUGAGUGCAAGUACUCAUCGAAAAUACGGAGUACGGUUAGACAAAAAGUGGGUAUGGAAGAUGUUGAUCCAAAGUGGGAUGAUGUGGUGGGAUGGCUUUUGAUGCGUGUUAACUCCAAAGCGGCUGGUAUGUAUGUCAGCAGGAUUUUAGUAGCGGCUACUGCUUAUUUUAUUUGGCAAGAAAGAAACUCUAGAUUAUUCAAGAAUCAGUUAAGACCUCCGGAGCAAUUGUGUCAAGUAAUAUUGGAUAUGGUUCGGUAUAAACUCAUGGGAGUUCGGUUGAAGAGAACUGAUAGAGUGGCAAGGCUGUUGCAGGAUUGGGAUAUUCGUGAUGAUGGAUCCGAAGGUGGCUGA